CUCUGGUUAGACCCAUAACCAUAGAUCAAGUUCUGAUUAGACCCAGAACCAUAGAUCUAGCAGCUCUGAUUAGACCCAGAACCAUAGAUACAGCAGUUAUGAUUAGACCCAGAACCAUAUAUCUAGCAGCUCUGAUUAGACCCAGAACCAUAGAUAUAGCAGUUCUGAUUAUACCCAGAACCAUAUAUAUAGCAGCUCUGAUUAGACCCAGAACCAUAGAUAUAGCAGUUCUGAUUAGACCCAGAACCAUAUAUAUAGCAGCUCUGAUUAGACCCAGAACCAUAGAUAUAGCAGUUCUGAUUAGACACAGAACCAUAGAUAUAGCAGCUCUGAUUAGACCCAGAACCAUAGAUAUAGCAGCUCUGAUUAGACCCAGAACCAUAGAUAUAGCAGCUCUGAUUAGACCCAGAACCAUACACAUAGCUCUGAUUAGACCCAGAACCAUAGAUAUAGCAGCUCUGAUUAGACCCAGAACCAUAGAUCUAGCAGCUCUGAUUAGACCCAGAACCAUAGAUUUAGCAGCUCUGAUUAGACCCAGAACCAUAGAUAUAGCAGCUCUGAUUAGACCCAGAACCAUAGAUCUAGCAGCUCUGAUUAGACCCAGAACCAUAGAUUUAGCAGCUCUGAUUAGACUCAGAACCAUAGAUCUAGCUCUGAUUAGACCCAGAACCAUACACAUAGCUCUGAUUAGACCCAGAACCAUAGAUAUAGCAGCUCUGAUUAGACCCAGAACCAUAGAUAUAGCAGCUCUGAUUAGACCCAGAACCAUAGAUAUAGCAGCUCUGAUUAGACCCAGAACCAUAGAUAUAGCAGCUCUGAUUAUACCCAGAACCAUAUAUAUAGCUCUGAUUAGACCCAGAACCAUAGAUACAGCUCUGAUUAUACCCAGAACCGUAGAUAUAGCAGCUCUGAUUAGACCCAGAACCAUAGAUAUAGAAGCUCUGAUUAGACACAGAACCAUAGAUAUAGCAGCUCUGCUUAGACCCAGAACCAUAGAUACAGCUCUGAUUAGACCCAGAACCAUACACAUAGCUCUGAUUAGACCCAGAACCAUAGAUAUAGCAGACUCUGUUCAGAAGUAG